UGGUAGUGGCAGGCGGCAAAUGUUACCGAACUGUGACCUGCUGUUUGACGGCACCCCGAUCAGCGACUCCAGCUGGUAUAGCACCCUCAAUGUGUCCAGAUACGUGGGCAACCUCAAGGACGACUCGGCUGCUGAAGCAGAGUAUCUGGUGCUCACCACCAGGGAGGUGACCGCCUUCACUUUCAACACCCCGUCCGACUACGUCGACGUCAGGUUCGAUAAUCCCCCCAUCACGCUGAAACUUGUCGUCAUGGAGGCGUUCACCAAUUAUGAAGAGGACAUGAUCUCUGCCACAGAUCCGUCCAUAAUCGACGUCGGAGUCCAGUUUAGUUGCAGUGAUGGGAACACCGUUCCGUUUAUCUUCAGGAUCACAGUGGAGGACGUGAACAACCAUGCGCCGGUGUUCGAACAGUCCAGCUACAACUGCACCCUGCCGAUGCCCUACCCUCCGGAUAGCGACCUCUCCUCCUUUAUGGCUGAGAUCAACGUGCGGGACAUAGACUUCAGUAAUCAAGCCAUCGCCAUCCAUUUCGACGAAGAGGGAGAGCAGCUGUUCACAGCAGAAGCGACCUACCAGGGGAACAGAGGCUACGCCGUUCAGCUGUACAGCAAAGCGACGAUCAACCUCUCAGAGACGACGAACUUCACUAUGACGGCUGUGGACAGCGGUAACCCAGCAUUGACAUCUGAUCCGGUCACCAUCGUCGUAAGUGCAUACAGCGUCAACUAGAAACAGCACAAGAAAAAUCGUCAAGCAGUCUUGUGAUGUAGAGGCAAGCUGAGAAGAACAUUAAGGACAAGAUAAUUAAGGACUCAUCAAUGUUUGUUAUUCAAACAAAAGCUAAACAACACAUCGCUAAAUAAACAGCAGCUAUUGUUCAUCUUAGAAUAAGUUGUAUGGCGAUUAUAAUUUCAUGUGUCACCUUACAGGAAACCAUUUUCUUCAAAUUUAUGCAUGCUGAAAAUAAUGUGAUAUAAAUUUGCUAUAAUGAAAAGACAAAGCAUGUAACCAUGUAAGUAUGGAAUGUUUUUCGGUGACUGAUAUUUCAAGAUUGAAAUUUUUAUGUCAGUAAAAAUCAUUUUAGAUAAUAAUUUUUAUAAGUUUAUAAAAGCUAUGGAAAUAGCAUACUAAGAAAACUGUAAAGGAACUGUCA